AUGGAUACUUCUGCUAUCGACUAUGAUGCUUCCUCGACCUUGCAUCUCAACCGAGAGCAGUCCAACUCACAACAGAUGGACUCUUUGAGACUGACACUCCUAUCAGCGCUUGCAAACUCCAAGUCGUACCAAAAGGUUUUGCAAGGUGGCCAUAAUCUUGCACGAUUCAUGAAUAUACCGCUCAUGAGUGAUAUACUUGCGGAGAAGAUUUCCUAUUUGUUCAGCGAAGUUUGCCCGCACAUUCGAGACAGCGAGGACAAAGACAGCGAGAACUGUAUCAGUUGGGUCGAUGUGGUUCGUGAGGACCCAUUUGAGGUUGAGCAGCAUAAUGAGAAAUACCGUUUUCGUCUAUCCGACCGACAGGGGGUAUUCGAAAUGACUCAAUUUGACUACGACUUCAUUCUUUCGGGACUUCCUCGAAAGCUUAUUAAUCCACAAACGCAUACUGGUGAUAUUCUUGCGGAAAUAAGCGCAAUUGAUUUACUGACAUCAGAAAUGAAAGCUUGGAGAGGUGUGGCGGCAGAAAUCAGUGAGACUAUUGACGACACACUCCAUCGACUGAGUGAAAGGCUCAUCAAGCUUGAGGAUUUAGAUGUCCCUGAAUUCUUGUUUCAGGAGCCUUUAGUAGCUUUCCCUGGUGCCAACGUGGAAAGUGCACUCCCUUGUGGUCGGCGAUGGACUGCUGAAGAAAAAGACAUUCUGCCAUUGUGGUUUGAAUCGAAAGCAGCUUUGCCUGUGAAAGACAUUGAAUCCCAGUUCGAGCAAGAUUUUGGUCAUCGUCGAAGCAUAGGUGCUAUCCAAGCCAUGUUAAAUAGAAAGAAACGAAAGUCUUAA